AUGCUGAAGGCCGAGAACUCUCCGGCUUCGGUAACAAGUGCGAUAUGCCCGGCCGAUAUAUGUCUUCCCAGCCUAUUAUCUGCGCCACCUGUCACGGCCCCUCCCGUUGGUCUCAGAUCUUGGAUCCUAUCUUGUACAGCCAUGUGUGACGGCUGA